AUGGAAGUUGAGCAUACACCUAAAGUAGAAAUCAAACACCAAUUUUCGAAGGAGCUUCUUGUGAAAAGCCAAUUUAACUGGUUUGCUUUAUCUGAAUUAUUAAUAACUGACGUUGUUGGUGUUAACAAGAACAAUUUGAAAAAGCACUUAUCGGGCUUGUUACAGAACAUUGGGGAACUGGGACUAAACGAAAGAGAACUUUAUCUGAUCACACAGAGCAAGGAUGCGUACGACAAACAAGAAAAAGUGAACGAGAAAGUUAUGGAGAUUGCUGAAGGUAGUAUACUGUCAGAUGACAACGAGUCCACGCAACCCGUGGACUGGUGUAACAUUACAGAUCCACUGUGCGGUGAAGGAAAAGAACUUUUGGCAAAGAAAAUAAAAUCGAUUAGAAGGAAAAAGAAAAGAGACCUCAAGAGGAAAGUGGAGAUGGAAAGGAUUCUGAAAUGAAGGAGCAAAAAUAUUGGCAAAAUAUUAAAAGAAUGUCCAAAUAUUGGUAAGGAAAUUGAAAAGUUUGUUGAAGAAUUGGGAGUUGGUGCUGACGCUUGGAGGCGAACAGGAGUUCUAACGUUCGACGAUAAUCGAAAGGUAAACAAGAAGGUCACGUUUAAUAGAAUUAAAGAACAUGUUGAGGUUAAAUAUGGUGGGAAAUUUAGUUAUGGUAGUAUUGUGCAAUUAUGUGUUGCAAGAAAUUACAAAGGGAUCGCUAAGAUAACAUGUAGACGAUUUGAUCUCAAAUUCAAUCCUGACAGUCACUGGUCAAGUGCUCUGUAUCGAGGAUUGAAUCAUAUUCAAUAUUCCACAACAACUGACAAAAUUAUACUGAACAGAGAUGACCUCUCAGUCUUUCGUCUCGACUCUAUGGCAACAAGUAACAAAUGUGCCUCUGUCUGCCUCAAAGAUAAAGUUCCUUUGGCUACUAAGUCAGAUUAUCAGCAGAAAUAUCCGUGCACGCUUCAAACCACUUCAUAUAAUUUCACUGCGAGCCAUGACGAAGGCGAGUUGUGUGUUGGUGUGGUGAAAGGCGCGGCAAUACAUAAUAAAAACGCUGCUCAACAUGCCGCCGACUUGAAAAUGGUCGAGUCUCAAGAUAUGUUGCAGGCAAAGUUUACGAACAGAGUGACUAGCAAGCCAAAAGAUAUAGAAUGCAUUCGUGUUGACAGUGGAGGUGAUGAAGCACCCUGCUUUGAGGAAGUACAGUUUUGGUGGGCAAAAAGACAUCUAGAGAGGCCUACACGUGUUCAGCUGGUUACCAGUCGACAUAGUGGUGGAAGUAAUUUGAACCGUGUUGAGCUGCAGAAUGGUUAUGAAGUCAAGGCAAGAACAAACCUAUUUAUUCCUUCCACAUUAAAUGGCAUGAAUUGCGACCAGUCAGGGAAAAUCGACAACGAUAGACUGAGAAAGAACACAUCAGAUGCUAUUGACGUUUACAUAUCAAGGGUCGAUCAAGCCCCAUGUGGAGAAACUGUAAUAAAUCUGUUUAAAGGAGCCGAUUCACAGUCAUAUCAAUCAUUAAGCGGUCACGUUAGAACGUUUUUAAAUGGUUCAAAGAAAGAAAAGGUUGCGUUGGCACUGGAGCACCCGGAAGAAUACAAACAAAUUAAAAUGAUUUGGGAUAUCCGAAAUGCUCACUUAAACACGUCCGUGCCAACAAGAUAUAUCUUUCAUCUUGUUUGCUGUUACCAAAAGAAUUGCUUGCAUCCUAUCUGCAAAGAUGGGAAACCUGACCACAACAUUUGUUGGUAUGACGGUGGCCCCACAAUUGAGACGAUUCCACUUCCUGCCGCUGACCCAGAUAGUCCAUUCGGAUCCACAACCUGUAAUGCAUGUGAUAAAAUAUGUUCUGAUCACUAUUUACCUCCAGAAAGCCUGGUGAAGUUAGUCAAGGAAAAAAUACAGGGAAUUGAUAACAUCCCACCUUCAGAAGCCCUGAAGAGAUAAAUAAAAACAGUGAGAAGAUCUUUGAAGAGAAAUCCUGCCAAGAACUUGCCAAGAAGGUACUUCUUAAACCAUCUGAAGUUUUGUGUUGGCUUGAGCAUUUAAGAUCAGUUAAGGAACAUCGCAAAGAAGGCGCAAGAAAGGCAGCUGAAACACAAAGACAAAAAAGAAGGGUACGUAUACCACUAGAAUACAAAAUCAACAGCUACAGUACUACACUUAUUAUCCAUUUUUUACUUAUUUGAUGUGCUGUAUGUUUUAAUAGGACAAAGAAACCGUAAGACCAAGAAAUCAAGUAUGCGCCAAGUGCCAACAAGAAAGUGAUCGUGAAUCUGCAACUGCCACAUUGUGGAUUUUUUGCGAUGAAUGCAAGAAAAUGUUUCAUAAAAGUUGUGUUUCUGAUGCAAGUACAGAUAUAGAGGAGAUAUGGUACUGUAAUGCUUGCUGGCAAAAAUCUAUUUGCCAGGCUUGCUUUCAGGCAGCUCCUUUGGAGGGGACUGAUGAAGGAGAUGAAGAUAUUCCUUGGGUCGCAUGUGAUAAUUGUCAAAACUGGUAUCACAUUGCAUGUGUCGGACCAGUGAAUGUUUCGAAAAAGUGGUUAUGUACCACAUGUACAUAG